UAAGUGAAACCGGCAGUUUUAAAAAACUUACCAGUGAAAACGGACAUCCACAAACAGUUACUCCUCAAAUGGAAGAACAGGUGCUCAAUGAAAUCGAGGAAAGCCCUACCACAAGCACUAGAAAGAUUGCUCAGACGUUACACAUUAGCCAUUCCACAGUUUGGAAUAUUCUUAAAAGGAAUCUUUUAUACCCCUAUCAUAUUCAGGGUGUGCAGGCACUUUUACCCGACGAUUUUCCAAGAAGAGUGGCUUUGUGUCAUUGGAUGCAAGAACGUAUGAGGCAAGAUGCACUGUUUUUGAGAAAAAUACUCUUCACCGAUGAGGCUAAUUUCUCCAGGGACGCAAUCAUGAAAUUUCCACAACAAUCACAUAUGGAGUGAUGAGAACCCACAUGCCGUGUUGGAAGGCCGUCAUCAACACCAGUUUUCGCUCAAUUAUGGGUCGGAAUUAUUGAUAACUUUCUGAAGGUUGACUGGAGAAGUAUAUCGUGGAUUUCUUGAAAAUGAUUUGCCAACACUGCUUGAAGAAGUUCCUAUUCAGCUAAGACAACG